AUGGCCCACCGUUCUCUUUCUCGUUCAUUCAGACUGUUUGUACCUCGAUUGCCAAGAUGUCAACAUGCAUCGGUGCAGCAAACAAGGCUCCCCAGAAAGCAAUUCUCAACAUCUCCGUCAAGUAGGAUCAUGGAGACGAGUUGCUUCACACAAGAGCAAUUGAUGGUGCGCGACGCAAUAUCUAAAAUCUGCUCGAAAUUUCCAGAUGAAUACUGGGCCGAACGCGAUGAAACGGGACAAUAUCCGCACGAGCUGCAUGCGGCUCUUGCAAAGGAUGGCUGGAUUGGUAUUGCACUGCCCGAAGAACUGGGAGGAGCAGGCCUGGGGAUCUCCGAAGCCACGAUGAUGAUGCAAACUAUUGCGCAGACCGGCGCGGGUCUUGCAGGUGCUCAGUCGAUCCACGCGAAUGUCUAUGCAACGCAGCCAGUCGCGCGAUUUGCGACGCCCGAACAGAGGAAGAAGAUGUUGGCUCCUCUCAUUGCAGGAGAAGUGCGGACAUGCUUCGGAGUUACAGAACCUAACACUGGCUUGGAGACAUUGAAACUACGCACCCGCGCAGUGAGAGAUGGCGACUACUAUAAGAUCACAGGGCAAAAGAUUUGGAUAUCAUCAGCCCAGGUAGCGAGCCGGAUGGUGCUGCUGGCCAGGACCACCCCGCUUGAAGAAGUGAAGAAGCCCUCGGAGGGACUGUCGUUAUUCUUCAUUGAUUUCGACAAGAGUGCACCCGGUUUGGAGCUCAAGAAGAUCAAGAAGAUGGGAGGCAGAGCGGUAGAUGCAAACGAGGUCUUCUUCGAGAAUUACAGAGUCCCGGCGGACACCCUGAUUGGCGAGGAAGGCCAAGGGUUCAAGAUCGUGCUAUAUGGAAUGAACGCAGAGCGAUGUCUUUUGGCUGGUGAGGCUCUGGGACUGGGAUAUGCAGCUCUAGAGAAAGCUGCAAACUAUGCAAGAGAUCGUGUAGUCUUUGGCCGGCCCAUCGGGCAGAACCAGGGCAUUCAGCAUCCACUGGCUGCCGCAUACAUGAAUCUCGAAGCAGCCAAGCUUGCGACGUAUCACGCAGCCCGCCUUUACGAUUCCAGCAAGACUGAUAAAACGAUCACACCGCAAGCAGUUGGAGUUGCGUGCAACACCGCUAAAUACCUGGCCGCUGAGUCUGCUUUUACAGCCUGCGAGAGAGCUGUCCUUUCCCAUGGCGGCAUGGGAUAUGCUCAAGAGUACCAUGUUGAGCGAUAUCUCCGCGAAUGCUUCGUCCCUCGCAUCGCGCCUGUCAGCAGAGAAAUGAUUUUGAAUUUUAUCGGCGAAAAAGCGCUGAAUCUGCCGCGAAGCUACUAG